AUGGCUGAGAAUAAACCAGCUGUGGUCUGUGUAUUCUGCGGUUCAAACCCAGGUAAAGAACCCGAUCACCUCGAAGCUGCAAGAUCACUCGCACAAGAAUUUCAUAAACACAAUGUGCAACUCGUGUAUGGCGGCGGCACUAUAGGAUUAAUGGGCGAGAUCGCCAAAACCCUGGUCUCGCUCUCUGGUCCAGAAUCCGUACAUGGGUUUAUCCCACGUGCACUUGUGAAAAGAGCCAAGAAAGCAGGAAACAGCACCGACGCGACAGACAGCGCGGGCAAAGCCGCAGAGCGCUUAGUCAAAGACGAUGUACUGGACGAGGAUAAGAUUCCUGCAUCGGAAUAUGGGAUGACCACGAUUGUGGAGGAUAUGCAUACCCGCAAACGGCUAAUGGCGGAAAAGGUUAUGGAAGGUGGACCUGGAUCGGGGUUUGUUUCGUUGGCUGGUGGGUUUGGAACUAUUGAGGAGAUUAUGGAGAUGACAACCUGGAAUCAGUUGAGUAUUCAUAAGAAUGGGUUGGUUUUGCUUAAUAUUCGAGGAUACUGGGAUGGACUGUUGGCCUGGGUUUGCACUGCGGUUGAAGAGGGGUUUAUCAAUGCCCAGAAUGCGUCGAUUCUAGCUGAGGUUCGUGAUCCAAAGGACGUUUGGCCGCGGUUGUUGGAGUAUCAGGUCAGUAGUGCGCGAAUGCAGCUGAACUGGGGUUAG